GUUAUGAUGCGGGGAUCCUACGUUUAUCUGACAGAAGUGGCGUUUAGUCGUUAGGUUAUGUUUAUAGUGUGCUUACCUGUUUAUAAACCUUCUUUCUGAACAUAUUUCGGAUAUAGUAAAGCUGCGAAUUUUCCAAAAAUAUGGCUAGAGGACGCGAAAGAAGUAGAAGUCCAGACAGAAAACGCAGGCGGUCCAGAUCUAGGAGCAAAGACAGAGCCAAGGCAAGCAGGUACCGAAGAAGGAGCAGGUCUCGUUCUAAAGAACGAGAGCGACGGGAUCGAGACCGUAGAUCUUAUAGCAGGGAACGAGAUAGGGACAGAGAUCGGGCUAGAAGGAGUGCAGAAAGGAAGGGAUGGAAAUCAAGUAGGCAUAGGUCCCGUUCAAGGUCAAGGUCAAAAGAAAAAACCAAACAAGAGGAAUCUGCAUUAUCGUUUGAUCCUACUAAUCUAGAUAAGGAAGAAGAACAGAAGAAACUAGAAAUGGAAAUGCAAAAGCGACGUGAAAGAAUAGAAAGGUGGCGGGCUGAAAGAAAACGAAAAGAACAAGAACAGUUGAAGAAAGAGGCAAAGGAAAAAGCUAAUGCUUCAACUCCUACAGGAACCAUAAAGAAAUGGUCUUUAGAAGAUGAUUCAGAAGAUGAAGACAAAAAUGACAAGAGUGAGAAAGAAGAAAAAUCAGAUAGUAAGGAAUCAAUCGAGAAGAUGGAAAUUGAUCAGCCUGUGAAAGAAGUAGUUGAAGAAAAGCCAAAACCUGCAGAAGAGAAAGAAGAGGAAGAAGACACACUGGAUGAGUUUAUGAAGGGAGUUCAAGCUGAGGUAAGAAAAAUCAACAAGGUAGACUUGAAAAAGAAACCAGGUGAUCCAAAAAGCACAUCUCUGGUCAUUGUCACGGGUGUAGCAAAAUCCAAAGCUAACAAAAACAAAGGAGAACUGAUAGAACAGAACCAAGAUGGACUGGAAUAUUCUUCUGAAGAGGAACAAGAAGACCUUAAAGACACCGCUGCAAACAUUGCCAACAAACAAAAGAAAGAAUUGGCUAAGAUUGAUCAUAAUAAUAUAAUGUAUAUGACUUUCAGGAAGAGUUUUUAUGUUGAGGUGCCUGAGAUUGCCAGGAUGACCCCUGACGAGGUGGAAGCUUAUAGAACGGAGUUGGAGGGCAUUAGAGUAAAAGGCAAGGGCUGUCCAAAACCAAUAAAAACGUGGGCGCAAUGCGGCGUAUCCACCAAAGAACUGAACAUACUGAAAAAACUAGGCUUUGACAAACCUACCCCGAUCCAAGCUCAAGCAAUUCCAGCCAUCAUGUCAGGAAGAGACUUGAUCGGUAUUGCAAAAACAGGAAGUGGAAAAACACUGGCGUUUCUACUUCCGAUGUUCCGGCAUAUACUGGAUCAACCGCCGCUGGACGAUACUGAUGGCCCUAUAGCGAUCAUAAUGACUCCUACUAGAGAACUGUGCAUGCAGAUCGGAAAGGAUAUAAAGAAGUUUUCGAAAAGUUUGGGCUUGAGAGCUGUUUGUGUGUAUGGCGGUACCGGGAUCUCCGAGCAGAUUGCCGAGUUGAAAAGAGGCGCCGAGAUGAUCGUCUGCACCCCAGGGCGCAUGAUCGACAUGCUCGCAGCCAAUAGCGGCAAAGUAACGAACCUGCGUCGCGUGACGUACGUCGUCUUGGACGAGGCAGACCGGAUGUUCGAUAUGGGAUUCGAGCCGCAGGUGAUGCGCAUAGUGGACAACAUCCGUCCGGACAGACAGACUGUCAUGUUCUCGGCCACCUUUCCUAGGCAGAUGGAGGCGCUCGCGAGGAGGAUAUUGCAGAAACCUAUCGAGGUGCAAGUCGGUGGUCGUUCCGUUGUAUGUAAAGAAGUAGAACAAAACGUCGUAAUCCUCGAGGAGGAGCAAAAGUUCCUGAAGCUUCUAGAACUGCUCGGUAUUUAUCAGGAAUUGGGCAGCAUCAUUGUGUUUGUGGACAAGCAAGAAAACGCGGACAUUCUUCUGAAAGACUUGAUGAAGGCCGGAUACAAUUGUCUCAGUCUUCAUGGUGGAAUAGAUCAGUUCGACAGGGAUUCGACCAUCAUCGAUUUCAAAAGCGGAAAGGUGAAGCUAUUGAUAGCUACCUCGGUAGCUGCACGAGGUCUAGACGUAAAGCAACUGAUCUUGGUCGUGAAUUACGAUUGUCCAAACCAUUACGAGGACUACGUCCAUCGGUGUGGCAGAACGGGUAGAGCUGGCAACAAAGGAUUUGCGUUCACUUUCAUCGUUCCCGAGCAGGCCAGAUACGCUGGCGACGUGAUCAAGGCCUUCGAACUGGCUACGGUUACGGUGCCAGAGCCACUCAGAAACAUGUGGGACAAUUACAAGGCUAAACAGGAGGCAGAAGGUAAAAAGGUGCAUACAGGCGGUGGGUUCAGCGGUAAAGGCUUCAAAUUCGACGAAUCCGAGGCAGCUGCUGUGAAUGAGAAAAAGAAAUUCCAGAAAGCUGCUCUGGGAUUGGCGGACAGUGAUGAUGAGGAUCUUGAGAACGAUAUCGACCAACAGAUCGAAAGCAUGUUCGCUACUAAGAGGACUGUCAAGGAAAUCAAGGCGCCAGUCGGUGAGUUAUUAGAAUGUCUUAAGGGGGAACUCGGUAUUGUUACGCGAUUAGUGAAUCCAGCAACGAUGUCGAACGCAGCGGCUUCAGCCGUCGACAAGUUGGAACUUGCCAAGCGAUUAGCUUCCAAGAUCAACCUGACCAAGACGACGACACUGGACACCAAAUUUGCGACUCAACAAGCUGCAGAAAGCAUACUCAAGGGCAGCGGGCCUCAACCGGCGAUAACAGCGAAAACUGUAGCUGAACAGCUGGCCGCGAAGCUGAAUACGAAGUUGAACUACCAACCUAAGGAAGAUGACGAUAGAAACGAGGAAGACAGUGAACAGACCUUCCGAAAAUACGAAGAAGAACUGGAGAUCAAUGAUUUCCCACAACAAGCCAGGUGGCGCGUCACCUCUAAGGAGGCCCUGGCCCAAAUAUCCGAAUAUUCGGAAGCAGGCAUAACGGUUCGUGGUACGUACGUACCAACAGGCAAAAAUCCCCCAGAAGGAGAAAGAAAACUGUACUUGGCUAUAGAAAGUACCUCGGACAUCGCUGUGUCCAAGGCUAAGUCGGAGAUCACGCGACUUAUCAAAGAAGAGCUGCUUAAACUGCAGACGUCAGGUCAUCAUACGUUCAACAAGGCUAGGUAUAAGGUGGUUUAAGACAAGAGUGUGUCAGUCUAUAUAUUAUUUUUAUUGUGCGAGGACUCUGUUGUAUUGAAUUUAGUUCAUGGAAAGAUAAUAAAGAUGUGUACAGAGAGUGGUACGCUUAUAGUUGUUAAAGAUUUAUUUAGCAUUAAUGCUACAAUGUCAAUUUUGUACUCGUAUAAUGAUUCGGUUACAUAUUUUUCUUCAAACCAUUUUCUGUAAUUUUACAUUCCUGUCUAUUAAAAUUACAAUUAAAAUUACGUCACUAUGCAUUUUAAUUGUUCAUAAAGUGAUUCUUUAGUUUCACCUAUGUUUAAGAUCAUUAUUCAAUUUAUGAAAUUCAAAUACUCCCUUUUGAAAUAUGGAUUUACUAGUUAUGCUACUAUUACAAUUUUUCAGAUGAAAAUCUAUUCUGCCUCUAGUUUCCUAGUUAUGAUAAUGACUAAAAAAUUGGGUCAAUAUAAAUGGACCACUCUGUAUGAGUUAUCCGUCUACUGUGUGUUUUAUUCUUGUUUCCUCCCAUUUCUGUAAUAGGCUAUUCUCUAACCUGUUUUGAUAAUGUCAG